AGCACGGGAGUAAGAGAGACACAGAGUGGACGUGAACGAAAGACAAAAGCGACUGACUGAUGAACAUAUAAAAAGACAGAGGAUAUUUCAGAAACAAGAAAGGAAAAUAGCCUUAUUAAAAUUGGAUCAAGGAAAACAAGAAAUCUGAAAAACAGAGUGCGACUGGGACUUGCACUGCAAACCUAACGGUGAUACCUCCUUGGAGAUAUUAGAGACAUCUUUCCGCAGUCUCUACGGUAUUGUCCACGUUUAAACAUUCUAAGUGUAGAACGUUGAAGUUUUGAUUUUAAACCGGGAUCCAGCGCUCCAAGAGUUGGCCUUACGCGCCUCCAUGUAUAAAAUGGAUUACUCCUACCUGAACUCCUACGACUCGUGCAUGGCGGCAAUGGAAGCGUCGGCCUACGCGGACUUCAGUUCAUGCAGCCAGGCUAGCUCGUUCCAGUAUAACCCGAUUCGGACUGGCUUCACCAACCCGGGCUGCACGCCCCUCAGCACCGCGAGCUGCACGCUGGGCGCCCUGCGCGAACAUCAACCAACACCCUACUCCACAGUACCCUACAAAUUCUUCUCCGACCCGUCUGGUUUGAACGAGAAACGGAAGCAACGGCGCAUCCGGACCACUUUCACCAGCUCCCAGCUGAAGGAGCUGGAGCGCGUGUUUGCGGAGACUCACUACCCAGACAUCUACACUCGAGAGGAGCUGGCCCUCAAGAUUGAUCUGACUGAGGCGCGGGUGCAGGUCUGGUUCCAGAACAGGCGUGCCAAGUUCCGUAAACAGGAGCGUGCGGCAAACUCUAAAUCCGGUAACGCCAACGGGGGUAGUAACGGGAGUACUGGCAGCAACGGAGGAAAGAAGGGCGAGCCCAGGUCUUCUUCAGACGACGACGAAUCAAAAGAAUCCACCUGCAGCCCAACUCCCGACAGCACUGCCUCCCUGCCCGGCUCAGGCAAUGGGAACAUGGGCAGUCCGGCUAGCUUGAGCCCCAGUCCAGCACCUACUAAUGGUGGCUACGCUAACACUUCCAGCUCCCCUGUUCUGCAGGGGCUCAAGCCCCCCAGCUGGCCCAGUCUGGGCCCCUCUAACCCCAGCAUGGCCCAACCCGCUUCCCAGGCUCCGGAGCUGCUGAAGGCCUGGCAGCCAGCAGACAGUAUGACUGGACCGUUCGCUGGCGUGCUGUCCACCUUCCACAGAAAACCCAACCCUGGACUGAAGACAAACCUGUUCUAGACAUCAGACAAUGUUUCCCUGCUCCACAGACUCCUGGCUCUGGAGACUAGAUCCUAAAGAGAGACACCGAGCAGAGACCAGUAUACCUAUAUCUAUACCACCCUAUUUACACCGCCCCCCUACCCCCACCCAAACCCCUUUAAUUUAUUACAUCCGCAACUGUUCAAUGAAAACUGUAUGUGUGUGUAUGUUUAUCUGGACAGGACUGGGAUAACAGCGUGUAGGUUCCUAAUUCUCACUCAACAAAUACAAAACGGAGACAAAAGAACCUACCCCCAAAAACACACACAAACACACACACAAACACACACACAAACACACACAAACACACACAAACACACACACAAACACACACACAAACACACACAAACACACACACAAACACACACCCAGACACACACACAAACUUAGUAUUAAAGUAGUUGGGAGACAUUGUCGUGCACUUAGUGGCCCCCCAGUGACAGUAGCUCUGACUAGAAUUGUAAUCAGAGGGAGAAGACAAACACAGUGUCUCCCAGGGCAGAAAUUAGGGGACAAAAACCUGUUACCAGCAAGCACAACUUCCUCUAAGCCCUGAACAGAGGCACCCCCAAAUCCCUGGAGCAGGAGAGGGCACCCCCAAAUCCAAUUAGAACCACUGGGACCAGACCAGACCCCUCCGCCCCAGACCCCUCCGCCCCAGACCCCUCCGCAACUCGGCCCACCUCACCGCGCCCUCUCAGUGACAACCCCAAACACUACUGCUACUGUCUCACUGGCACAGCAGCCCCCCCCCCCUCUCUUUUUCUCUCUCUUUCUAACACACACACAUACCCACACACAGUUCCCAGCUCAAACAUCAAGAACACACACAUGGUUCCACCCGUGAGACAGCCUCCUUCCCUCCUCGUCCCUGGCGUGGUUGACUCAGCAGAUGGAGAGAGGUCACACGUCCCAGUGUCCCCUGCUGCGGACACAUGAACACUGUCGUGGGACAAGUUUACCAGACACCCUUUACCUUACUGUCACGACCAUGGUCGUCAUCCUCGAGUCGAAAUCCAGUGCCACACUCACACUGCUGCCCCGUGCUGCCUCACUGUGUGUGUGUGUGACCACGUACAACUGUAAGCCCUUUUGAAACAGAUAGAUAUCCAAUGUUGUGAGUUAAGAAAAUUAUACUGUAAAUAGUAAUAUAAGUAUUAGGUAGUGUCCCCGUCCCCCCCUACAGCUUUGGAAUGGUGGUGUGUGAGGCAGCUUGUGGGGAGGGGCUGGAGCAGUCCUGUGAAGGUUAGAGGUACUGAAGGUUAUAGCACUACUGUCAUAUUCUGUCUAAUA